AUGACAGACGCUGCAAAGUCCGACGGUCCGGAUAUACGAAUCGUGAUCAAGGACGGUGACAUUGACCCAGAUCUCCUCGAGAAACUCUACAAAGUCACAGAAGACCUGUUCAAGAAAACCGAGUUCAAACACUUUGCUUAUGUCUCCAUAAUCUGCGGUCUUCACAAUAGUGAUUCCGACAAUCAACUGCACGCCACGGUGCGCAUGGCAACAAAAGCUCAAGCGGCCCGGAAAGUAUGUCAAACUAUGCAUGUUUAUUACGACGAGGAAGAAGAACCACUUGAGAAUGUGACAACCACACCCUGGCCCAAUGAGCACAAGAUGAAGAAGAUCCAAUGGCCACAAGUUUACAAAUGA